GCCUGCAGGUCCUAAGCGAAGUUGCUUCAAAGGCAAGAAGCUGCAUGCCCCUGAAGUAAGAAGCAAGAAGGACUGGAACUCCAGAUUUGAAAGUUAUCUGGAGCCAGCGGGUGGCAAUCUUGUGAGCAAACGAGCACAGGUGCAGGAAGAGGCAAUCCCGGGAACGUUCUGAAAAGUAUCCAAAAGUUCUGCGCCGCGCGCGCGCAAAAAGGAAAAAAAAAACAACGGGCACAACCCCCCACCACUCUGGGCGUUGCGAGUCCCGACCUCGCCAUUCCAGCUGCACCUCCGGCUGCAGCGCGUACGCCUCCUGCGCCUCCUUUUCGGGAGCCUUGCCGUCGGCUGGGUGCUUCCCUUGCAGCCACCGGAGAGUCCCUGCGCAUCUCCUUGGGGCACCAUGCCCAACGACGACGCAUACAGCAAGGCUUCGCCACCGUCGGAGGCCCCGCACGCCCCUGGGUCACCACCGCAGGGCAAGGCCGGGGGCUUCGGCAAAUCGGCCGGGGCGCUGCUCGGGACCACGGGCGGCGCGGGCGUCGGGGGUAGCGGCGGCUCAGGCUCGGGGGCGUCGGGCAUGGACGCCGCCGCGAGCAAGAAGUCCCCGCGGCUGCCCAAGUGCGCGCGGUGCAGGAACCACGGCUACGCGUCGGCGCUCAAGGGCCACAAACGCUUCUGCAUGUGGCGGGAAUGCCAGUGCAAGAAAUGCAACCUGAUCGCAGAGAGACAGCGCGUGAUGGCCGCGCAGGUGGCCCUGAGACGGCAGCAGGCCCAGGAGGAGGAAUUGGGCAUCAGCCACCCCAUCCCGCUGCCCAGCGCGGCUGAGCUGCUCGUCAAGAGGGAGAACGACAGCAGCACCCCAUGCCUGGUGACUGAGGGCAGCAGCCCCUCGCAGCCCCCGCCGGCCAGCACCCCGACCCCGCCCGCGGCAGCGGCAGUUUGGACAGAAGGCACACGAUUUAGAGACCUUGGGCCCUGCGUGUCGGAUGAAGAAGCAGUAGAGGGCCGGGUGGCCGUUCAGGAUAUUCCUGCUGCCACCAGCAGAGGGCACGUGGAGAACACACCUGACCUCGUUUCCGACUCCACCUACUACAGCAGCUUUUACCAGCCGUCUCUGUUCCCUUACUACAACAACCUGUACAACUACCCGCAGUACUCCAUGGCCUUAGCCGCUGACUCCCCCUCCGGGGACAUGGGAAACCCUCUCGGGGGCUCCCCUGUGAAGAACAGCCUUCGGAGCCUCCCAGCCCCUUACAUGCCCAGUCAAGCGACAGGAAACCAGUGGCAGCAGAUGAAAAACUCGGAGAGCCUCCACGCAGUGAGUUCCCAGUACAGGAUGCAUUCUUACUACCCGCCUACCUCCUACCUGGGCCAGAGCAUGUCCCAGAUCUUCACCUUUGAGGACGGCCUCUCUUACUCGGAAGCCAAAGCGAGUGUAUUCUCGCCACCCAGCAGUCAAGAUUGUGGCUUGGUUUCCCUCUCCACCAGCUCUUCUGUUAGUAACGACAGCUCAAAGGGAGUGCUCGAAUGUGAGUCUGCCUCGGAGCCCAGCAGUUUUGCGGUCACUCCCGUCAUCGAGGACGACGAAUAAUCCGGCACCCCGAUGCCUUUGGCCAUUCACCUGGAGUGGCAGGUUUAUUCCGUUUAUACACAGGGUUUGUUGUUAACAUUUUGCCUUGACUCACACCAACUUAACUGUUGAGAAGAUGUUUGGUUUAUACUCCUUAGAGCUUAGCCCAGAGGCUAGAAGACAUUUGGAAUAGUUUACUAUCUGUGUCUACCGUCUGCACCAAUUAAGUGCUUUGCUCACAAAGUUAAAUAUUAGUGUCCCUCAUUUUUUUAUGACACUGGUUUACAUGUAGUUUUCAAGAAAUACAAUAAUUCACUCAAGUAAAGCAGUACCUUUGCACCUAAAUGUGUCAACUACUUUCAGUUUUAAAAUGAAAUCUUAGGUGCCUCAGAUCUUUUUUUGAAUUUUAGUAUUUUAAUAAAAGUGCUAAACCAUAAAUUUAGCCACGUUCCUGACUGGUGAGAAGAAUAGAGUUAGUGAUUAUGUUAGAAAUCUGCAGAAGGUUAAAUAGAAAUAGUGUGUGUGUUUGUGUUGCUGUUAGAAAAGCCUAGCCCCGACCCCAUCCCCUCAAAUCCAAAACGUGACUGAAACAGUCAGAAGGAAAAAUUAAUGACUUUAAGAAUUGCUACCUUUUCUAAAGGGUAGUUUGAAAACAAUACAAUUUAAAGUAACCCUAGUAAUGCAGAGUUCCUGAGUGUUGUUUCUAGAAAAAUAUAAGAGUUUGUGAUGCACAUUCUACUAUUUAAAAAAAUGGAUGCAAUCUAGAUUAUUUUGUAACCUUAGGUUGUAAUCUGAUUUGAAGAUAAGUACAUCUUUAAAAGUUACUAUAGAUUUCUGAGUUCAUUUUUUGUUAAAAAUUGCUAGUGGUGUACUUAUGUAACAGAAGCCAUCCUGAAAUAAAACUAGUCUAAAAAAAUUCAUUGUUCUGUGUAGUUGCGGCUGUACCUGAAAUAAAAAUGUUAUUGAUGACUGAA